AUGCGUAAUGACCUUAUUUUUAAUAAUAAGAGAUGGUCCAUCCCAGAUACUAUAAAUAAGGCUCUUGUUGAGUUUAAUCUCUGGAAGGAAAGUUUGGAUACUCAAAUAAAGAGUCCAGAGAAGGUUCCUGAAUUAAAACCAAGAGAAGUACAACAUAUAAGAGAUUCUUCUUCUGACAUUAGGUCUAUCAUACAGAGCUUUAAGCAUCACUGUUGUUUCGUUGAUGGUUCUUGGGUAUCACCAACGGACUGUGCAGGUAUUGCAUGGAUCUUGUAUGACAAUAAAGCUCAGCCAAUACUAAAGGGUUCAGCAUCCAUCAGUCCAAUGAGUUCGCCACUUGAGGUUGAAGCUGAAGCUCUAAGACAAGCAGUGCUAAAUGUAAGAAGGCUUGGAUAUGACAAUGUUAUCUUCUGUGGUGAUGCAUCAAUCCUAUAUGACAACAUAAAACUACGAAUGUUGAAUGCUCCUAAAGGCUGGUGCAAAGAUCACUCUCUGAUCGCAACUCUUAGUCAGGAUAUAAGGAAUAUGGCUACUAGUUUCAAACAUGUAUCGUUUUGUAAAAUCUCUCGUUCUGUAAAUUAUGCAACGGAUAGUUUAGCCAAAAAUGCUAGAGUAAGAAAGUUAUGUCCUGUAAUAUGUUAGAACUCUAUAUCUCC